AUGGCUUCAUCUCGCGUUCCCAACGAGCUUUUGGACCUCAUCUUCAGAGACUCGCGCCUGGAGAGGCACGAUGUCACGCAGUUUGCCCGCGUCUCGAAGGCCUGGCAGGCCGUGGCUACGUCUAUCAUAUGGGAGAGUUUGACCGGCAUCCUGCCUCUGAUUGCACUCAUGCCGGAAGGAGUAUGGAGCUGGAAAGAUUCCGCUGAUGGCAAACUUCUUCAGACCUGCCUGCGACCACUGACGGAGGAAGAUUGGAAGCCCGUCUACGCGCGGUCAUGCCUCGUGAAGGAUCUUAGGGCCUACUUUCCCCUCCAAGCCGUGCAUGCAAUUUCCGCAUGCCUACCCGCACAAUGCCUGCUGCCUAGCCUGAGUCAGCUCCACUUCGAGAAAUACCUACUCUACGACAGUGGCAAGAUGGACACGCUCUCCAGCAAGCUGCUUGCGAUCGUCACAUCGCCACGAUUCACCUCCCCCGCAUUGAAGGGCGCCAAUUUCCAUUUUGGUGUGAACACUGUCAGAUGCACGGAGGCACAUGCAUCUCUGCUGCUCCGCACGCUCCUUGGUACAUGGACCAGUGUGCGGACAGUCAACAUAGAGCUGCCCGUGUACCGCCCUGAUCUGCUGCCAAGUCUCGCCCAGCUACCAUCGCUAGAGGUUCUUGACUUGAGCUUUGACGAGGUCGUCUAUGAUCUUGGGCUUCCACCUUCGCCCAUGCUCCGUUUCCUCUCACUUCGCUCCCUGACCAUGCGCGCCGUCACUCCGGAUGUUAUUACUGUCCUCAUCUGCUCCUCUCGUCUUCCGUCGCUAGACACUCUCAUCGGCAAUGGCCUCAAUUGCACGCACGCUGGGCAACUAACGCCUCUGAUGCAAGCCCUCUGCCGCCACAUCCCACAUGACAAUCUGCGCCAUCUGCGCCUCCACGCACCCAGAGGUUGUCGAGUCGCACCACUGCGCUUCGAGCAUCUGCGGCCGCUUGCUGCUUUCAGACGCCUUUCGCACGUGGAGAUGAAGACAACGGAUUGUACGAUGCUGACGGACGUGGAGCACGCCGAGAUCAGCUCGUGGUGGCCAGCUCUCGAGAUUCUCAAGUUCACCCCGGUGAUAUUCGCCGUCGAGGCGUACGCAGCACGCAGUGCCCUCGUACACUACGCGCGCCACUGCCCCAACCUCCGCAAGCUUCAGAUCCCUCUCAUAGUACAUCAGCCUAUGCAGGAAACCCUGCUCGAUUCGGAGACAAGCACUCACGCUCUGGAGACCUUAUGGGUGGGCCAGUCGCCCUUCAAGGAGGAGCUGGUGGAGGAAGCGGUCCGGCUUAUAAACGCCCUGUUUCCGAAUCUGGUGGAGAUCGUGUAUGAGAGCAGAUCAUCGAGUGAGGCGUGGAAUAGGAUAAAGCAGGCUUUGCGCUACUGUCACUAA